CCUACAGUCAGAAAGCUUGGGAGGUGUAGUGGGAGAACGGCAAGGGAGUCGGAGUAAACGAGAAGACUUUUACUCAGAUUAUUGAAGGACAUAGCAGUCAAAAUACAUCUCCGAAAGCUUCCUCAAUAAUGAUCGGGAAUCACUUUUGAAACCUUAGUCCAGGCGGCGGCGGCGGCAGCAGCCCCUGCACCUCGCCCGGCCUCCCAGGGCGUGCAGUCUGAACCAGCAAAGGGUUACUCUCAGAAGCGUCCGGGCCCCGUAUUCGGUCUCACUAUUUCACGUAAAGGUAACUCGCGAGAAGGCGGCUCCCGGUUUCCCCGCUUCCUGCCGCGGUUUGAGUGAAGGGCGUUUGGGGACCAGAGCGCCGUCUCUCCCUGUCGGACUCCGCGGACGGACCACCCCAGCAGGCCACCAUGACUGAUGUGGUAAUCGUGAAGGAGGGAUGGCUGCACAAGAGAGGAGAGUACAUCAAGACCUGGAGGCCGAGGUAUUUCUUGUUGAAGAGCGACGGAACAUUCAUCGGGUAUAAGGAGCGACCGCAAGAUGUCGACCAGCUGGAAACGCCAUUAAAUAACUUCUCGGUAGCACAGUGCCAGCUGAUGAAGACAGAGCGGCCCAAGCCCAACACAUUCAUCAUCCGCUGCCUGCAGUGGACCACUGUCAUCGAGCGCACCUUCCACGUGGAGACCCCUGAGGAGAGGGAAGAAUGGACGAAAGCCAUCCAAACCGUGGCGGACAGCCUCCAGAAGCAGGAGGAGGAGAUGAUGGACUCCUCGCCCGACCCCAUGGACAUGGAGGCCUACCUGACCAAACCUCGACUCAAAGUGACUAUGCACGACUUUGAAUACCUCAAACUCCUUGGGAAAGGCACUUUUGGCAAAGUCAUCCUAGUGAAGGAGAAGGCCACAGGUCGAUACUAUGCCAUGAAAAUUUUGAAAAAGGAAGUAAUCGUAGCGAAAGAUGAAGUAGCGCACACACUCACAGAAAAUCGAGUGCUACAGAAUUCCAAGCACCCAUUCUUGACGGGAUUGAAAUACUCUUUUCAGACUCACGACCGGCUGUGCUUUGUCAUGGAGUACGCGAACGGCGGAGAGCUCUUUUUCCACCUGUCGCGAGACCGGGUCUUCUCGGAGGAACGGGCCCGCUUCUACGGGGCGGAGAUAGUCUCCGCAUUGGACUACCUGCACUCGGAGAGGAACGUGGUCUACAGGGACCUAAAGCUGGAAAACCUCAUGCUGGAUAAGGACGGGCACAUUAAAAUCACGGACUUCGGCCUGUGCAAGGAGGGGAUCAAGGACGGGGCCACCAUGAAGACCUUCUGCGGAACCCCGGAGUAUCUGGCCCCGGAGGUGCUGGAGGACAACGACUACGGGCAGGCUGUGGACUGGUGGGGCCUGGGCGUGGUCAUGUACGAGAUGAUGUGUGGCCGCCUGCCCUUCUACAACCAGGACCAUGAGAAGCUGUUCGAGCUCAUCCUCAUGGAGGACAUCCGCUUCCCUCGCACGCUGGCUCCCGAGGGAAAGUCCUUGCUCUCCGGUCUGCUCAAGAAGGACCCCCGACAGCGGUUAGGAGGCGGGCCGGAUGAUGCCAAGGAGAUCAUGCAGCACAAGUUCUUUGCUGGGAUCGUGUGGCAGGAUGUUUACGAGAAGAAGCUGGUCCCACCCUUCAAGCCUCAAGUCACCUCGGAGACGGACACGCGGUAUUUCGAUGAAGAGUUCACAGGCCAGACCAUCACCAUCACGCCACCGGGACAAGAUGAGAACAUGGAGUCGUUUGACAGCGAAAGGAGACCCCACUUCCCCCAGUUUUCGUACUCCGCCAGUGGAACAGCAUAAAGGCCCCCCCUCUACAUUCCCUCUCCCCCACCAGACUGCAUUCUUAAAGACAGUGGCAUCUCUAUCCUAUUGCUUUUUUUUGACACAAGUGUUUCAAACUGCAGACAUUUUUGGUUUGCAGUUGUUUGUAGAUCGCGAUGCUCCAUCCAACAAAAGUGAUGGGUUUCUGUGGCCUUUGAAGACCAUGAUUUUGUAAUGUUUACGAGACGUAACACUACCGUUAAUUUUCCGCAUUCACGUUUCUAUUCAGACGGGCCCCGUUGUCCUUGGCCUACUGAACAAAUUCACAGCCAAUAGAAGAUGGCAGUUUAGAUACAGAACACAUAGAGAUGCUCCAAGUUUUUUUUUCUUCUCCUUAACUUCAAA